AUGGAUUCAGGAAUGCAUGUUCGAAAGUUAGAAUCUGAGUCCUUGUAUGAUUCCAUUAGAAAGAAGUGGGCCGAGAAGAUAACUGGUGUGAACGCGCCUUCCUAUGAACAAGGAACAAGCUCCGCAGAUCACAACAGACCCUCCUCUUUAACCACAAACAUCAGACCAAAAGGAUGGGCUCUAAAAACUACCAAAAAGCCAGUAAGAAUGACAGAUCGCGUAAAGGCCUAUUUAGUGCAAAAGUUUGACGCAGGAGCAAGAAGUGGAUUAAAGGCUGAUCCAGUACAGGUUUCCCGUGAAAUGAAGUUCGCAAAGGACGAAAAUGGGCAUUCUUUGUUUACUCCCGAGGAGUGGAGAACAGCGCAACAAAUAACCAGCUUUUUCUCGCGGCUAUCAGCAGUACAAAGACAAAAGCAGGUGGAAGAAAGCCCGUUAGAAGAUGCCAACGAAGAAAUUGCAGAAGAAGACCUAGAAGCGCUAGAGUCUGAAAUUGCUCUUGACACUUUACGCAUUGCCGUUCUCCUUGACACGAAUGUUCCUCGCCAUCCUGUUCAAGUCGGGAGCAAAAACAUAUGCGAGCUUUCAAGAGCCAAAAAGUUUAACACGCUGAAAAUAGCUGAACUAAGAGAGAUAUGCCAGAGCCUACAGCUAACAGUUGCCGGGUCACCAGCAAGGAAGAAAUCAUUCAUUGAGCCACUGGAAGCAUAUGUGAAAACAUGCACAUGUUUUCAAUGA